AUGCUCGCCCCCCUUGAGCACCUAAACGGCCGGCUCAUGGAAUACUUAUCGAUAUUCCAUCGCUCUUCCAGUAGAGAGUCGACUCAGGCCCCAGACGACCAUCAGGGCGCGUCGCGACAGCAGCCGGAGAUGUCGGGAAAGCGGCCAGCUUAUGGAGUGGAAGCUCCGUACGCGGCCAGUUUAAAGAUAGGCAACAGAUCGACAACGUCCUCCGUCUACUCUCGAGAUCCCGACCGACCUGCGAACCCCGUUGCCAAUGAGUCAGAUGUUGAGGUGCUGGGCCACAUCCAGGCUUUGCCCCGCAACUCUCGUUCAACACGGCCGAGGGUAUCGAGCUCACCGGGACACGAGAAAGAGCAACGGAGGCAACAGAUCGAGCACGAGACAGGAUUGAGGCGUCCAGGUAACCAGACUGGUGAAGGCUCCUCAGCCCGAUCAAACCCCUCACGGUUUUCGGCUCGACAUUCGAUGCGAGAUGAAGAUGAGGUUCCGGAACCCGAGGAGAACAUAGGAUUUCCCAUCCAGAGACCAACACGGGAACAUCGGUCUGCUGCGCCGGGCUCAGGCCGACGCAGCGUGGGACACAGCAGGAAAUCAGAGAGGGUGUCAAACUCUAGUCCUAUCCGCCCCUCGAACUGGCAAGAGCACAUCCAAGUGUCCAGCAGCGAAGAAGAAGAGAAGAUCGAGGAACAGCCGCAGCAGCGACAAUUGCUUAGCCCGGAUCUUCCGCCUCCCAAACUCCCACCCCGAAGUACGCAGGCGGCUUCAGCUACGCCUGUCAUGUCAAAGAAGGCCAAGAUGAGGAAGAAGGAUGGGACCCUACCAUCAGAGCCCGGGAGCUCCCGGAGAGCGUCGCUGCUUGCUCCUAAAUCGGGUCUGCCAUCCUCCAAUGUCUCCGUCACGCCAGCAGCCAUUGACUGGGCUGUCGUUGAAGCUGGAAAUUCCAACUACGUGAUCCACGCGCAAAACGUGUCACUGCGUCAGGUUGGUGCCAAUAAAGACCACGUACUGGAGCUCGUGGGGAACUCUGGUAGGCGUGCCUCACUGCCGUUGGCCAACGUUUCCGGUUUGCAGCUCGCUGCUAACAUCAGUAAUGAUGCCGUGGCCACUAUCGCCAAGUUGUGGGAGGGCGCCAAGAGAUCAUCCAAAGCUGUGAAACCCGUGUCCGAAUUGUCCAAGAGGGCUGCCGCUGCCGCCGUAAGGCGUGCAGAGACCUCCAAAGGGAAAGGCAAGAUGCCUUUAAGUCCAAGCCAGUCCCGCCUCAGCUUCCCCAGUGGCGUACAACCCAGGCGCAGCACGCGUCACUCAAUGACCGCGGCCAAACCGACAGUCAACACCCUUUCGGACGAUGAGUCACCCUCAACCAACAGGCCACAGCGCCGCCGCUCACCGCAUUUAGACAAGCAUGAUCUACCGAAGACGGACAAUGAUAAGAAGUGGCCGGCGUACGAUUCCGUUAAGAAGUGGACCAAGUCUGUCGAUGUUUUCCAGAAGGACUUCAUCAUCGUGCCGGUCAAUGAGAACCUCCAUUGGUAUCUCGCGGUCAUCGUCAACCCCCGGGCUCUGAUUGAGACACGGCUUCCACCGACAGACGGGCGGUCACCAUCUCGCGCUGCGAGCGGAAACCCUUCGACAAGUGCCUCUACUUCUGCUGAGAGUUCACGAGAAGGGAAAGAUCCGCUUGAUGUCAUGAGCGAGGGUGAGGAUGAGGGAGUUGAGCACAUCAAGGAGAAGGUCGAGGACUGUCAUAUCAGCCCACAGCCCAAGCCGAUUCAGUCCAUGGAACUCAAUUGGAUCACCAACCAAGACAGCAUGACUUUCUCCUCCCCUCCAAAGACCCCCUCCCCCCCAGCCAGUUCGAAGCCAAAGUUCAAGCGGGAAGCCAUCGACCUGUCCGAUAGGAGCAACCACAAGGCUGUAGGGGACAAUCUGAAGCUGUGGCUCGAAUUUGAAGCCCGCGACAAGCUGCAGAAGGAGAUCGAGCCUACAGCUAUCGAGUAUGUCGAGGCCAAAGUACCUCAGCAGAACAACUUCUCAGACUGCGGCGUGUUUGUCAUCCACUUCCUGCGAUGCCUCCUGAAUGAUACAGAAAAGGUGUUGGAGUUCAUCGGAAAACCGAUACCCUACGCCAGGGAGAAGGAGGUGAAGGAGGAGUACGAGACUGAGAUGAACCGCGUCUGGCACGCAGCGACCACGAAGGAGCUGCGUGCCAACUGGAUCGAGAUCAUCCAACAGUUGAAUCUGAAGUACCAGGAGAUGAAGGGGCAGUGCGAGUCACAGGCCGCUGCGUCUGUCCCUGGCGUCGAAGACUCGCAAGCCUCGGUCGUCCAGAUUAACCCGCCUGACCGGCCGGGGCCACUGCCUACAGUUGGCGAAGGCGCUGAGCCCUCUACGACAGGUAGCACGAGCUCCACAGGCGAUACAAGCAGCUCGUCUACAUCCUCAAGCUCGUCUUCGGCCGCUCCGCCCGACACAAGGCAACCCUCUGAGGCCAGGCGACAAGACUCUGAACCGAUGGCUAGGGCUGCUAGUAAGAGUGCCUCUGCAGCGCCGCAAUCCGAGCACCCCGACCCGCCCACGCCGACUUUACCCCACCAUUCUCUCCUUAGCGAUUCAGAGAGUGAGGGUGGUGCAUCAAGGGAGCCGUCGCGCAUGCGCUCGAUGAGCACGAAAGUCUCAUCGCGGGAGGAGAUCGACAGCCACGUGCUAGUGGAGGACUCGCAGCCCAAGUCGGACGAUGAGUCGAGCGAUGAGCCUAGUGUGCUCUUCUCCAGCGACCGACCGGAGGCCGAAACGGGCGACACUAUUGUGCCCGACACUGUCCACGAGCUGAGCGAGGACGAGCUCGCCACCCCGAUCCACUUAAGUGGCGACCAAGUACCAACCGCCGUGCUCCGUGCGGCCCAGCUCUCUUCGACGAACAGCAAGAGGAACAGCAGCAACUUCGGAUCCUCGCCUGUGCGCGAGCCGCCGUCGAGCCCCACGACACGUUCGGCCAGGAAGGUGAAGAGCAGCCGUAAGAGCGCGCCCGACGGAUACAAGCAGCAGACCUUACUCGGUUACCGCGUUAACGGCGCUUCCAGCGGUCCGAGCAGCGCAGCGCAAAAUCGUCCCAGCACGCCCGAGGCCAAGGAGCCGGCUGUCGACCCAUCUGCUCCCUCCUCGCGUACCCGGAACCACACCUACAAGGGCAAGAAGCGUGCCGUCAGUGGACCUGUGGUGACAGGCAGCGAGCGCAAGCGCGCCCGCUCCAACACGGCGGGAAUCGUGGGGCAGGGCAGCUCGUCCAACAACCCGAUCGACCUCGACCCCGACAGCGGUAGCGAUGGGAACUAG